AUGAGCGCAGCGUUCGGUCCGUCCUUCAUGGUGAUGCAGCGGCCGCUCGGAAGCACCACCGCCUUCAGCAUUGACUCUCUGAUCGGGGGGCCCCCGCAGCCCAGCCCGGGACACUUCGUCUACACUGGCUACCCGAUGUUCAUGCCGUACCGGUCGGUGGUGCUCCAGCCGCCGCCCCCGCCGCCCCCGGCCCUGCAGCAGGCUCUCCCCGCCGGUCACCACCCGCACCCGCAGAUCCCCAGCCUGCAGAGCGGCUUCUGCUCCAGCCUGGCGCAGGGCCUGACGCAGGGCAUGGCGCUCACCUCCACGCUCAUGGCGUCGCUGCCCGGCGGCUUCUCCCCGUCCCAGCAGCACCAGGAGGCGGCCAGGAAGUUCGGCUCACAGGCGCUGCACGCGGUCUUCGACAAAACUCAGGAGCUGCGGAUGGACGCGGAGGACGGCAAGAGCUUCCUGCAGGGGAAAGAGUCCGCGGCGCUGCAGGCUUUCCACGACACCGACACGUCGGUGCAGACAUCCACAGUCAGAGCACACAGUAAAGAAGACUCCAAGGAAGACGAGUGCGGCCGGAAAGACGAGAGCUUCUCCAUGGACAGUGACUUGGACUACAGCUCCGACGACAACCUCACCUCCAUGUGCCACAAGGAGGACGGGGACGGCGGCGGAGGAGGUCUGGACGACGGCCCGCACAUGCACGGCUCCGGCGGCGGCGGCGGCUCCGGGGCGGGCGGCGGCGGCGGGAGCGGCGGCGGAAAGAACCGGCGGCGGCGGACGGCGUUCACCAGCGAGCAGCUGCUGGAGCUGGAGAAGGAGUUCCACUGCAAGAAGUACCUGUCCUUAACCGAGCGCUCCCAGAUCGCGCAUGCGCUGAAGCUGAGCGAGGUGCAGGUGAAGAUCUGGUUCCAGAACCGGCGCGCCAAGUGGAAACGGGUCAAAGCCGGAAACGUCAACAACAAAUCCGGGGAGCCGUCCCGGAACCCCAAAAUAGUCGUUCCCAUCCCGGUGCACGUGAGCCGCUUCGCAAUAAGAAGUCAGCACCAGCAGAUGGAGCAGGCCAGACCGUAG